AUCACCGCGAGUUAUGUAUACACGCGUUUCCGUAUUUUUAUUAAUGUUUUACUUUAAAUAUUAAUUCAUCAUUGUCGUUGAAUAAACUUCAAUUGUUAAUAAUGAAUUAAUAAUAUGAAUUGAUGCAAGUCGUUCCUAAUAAGUAACGAUUGAAAUUAGGUUAAGAAACCAAUGAAUAGUGAUAAAUUCUUCACAAAUCAAAGUUAAUAAUAUACAAAUGUUAUUUAAUUGUAAUACUAUGCAUUCACAAAAAUUUAUUGUUUUAAAAAUUCGUCUUAAACGAACACUGAGUGAUGCUGAUAACGAGCGUCCAGACAUGCAAUUUGAGCGUCCGAAAGAGUGGGGGACGUAGAGUCAUAACGAAAAGAGCGGUAGGGAGAGGUGCUUUUAACGAGUUUAGACUAUAGAUAUAUAAAUUAAACAGAAGAAGUGAGCAGCUUCUUAAACGAAUAGCGCGCCUAUAAUAGCACGUGACGCAGAUGAUGUCAUGUGAUCCCGAUGAAAUGACAUGAUGAAAAAAUGUAGUGUGAUGGAUAUUUAAAUGAAGAAUAAGUGGUCCUCCAUCUUAUGAGAUGGCGUUAAAAUAGGCGCGCGCACGGCAAUAUCACAUAUAGUCUUACAAGAUUCGUACGUCGCUAUUAGUUUCAUUAUGGAUCCCGCCAAAGAUUUAACGUUUACUCAAGUCAUAAAAAAUUUGACUAAAACAGUAGCUGGCUAUUGUGAUACAAUUUGUCAGAGCGAUUCAGUCACAUAUGAAGAGUGUUUAAGAUGCGCAAAAGUUUGUACCGAUACUAUUAAUUAUUUUAAUUCAAUAUUAUCAGAUUCAAAAUCUCGUGUUCAAGAAAAACAGUGUUUACAAGAAAAUAUUUCACUUUUGCAUUAUUACCAUGAAAGGUUUAUCCACUUAAGUAGACAAGUUAAUGGUGAUAAUUCGAAUCCUAAUAAUUUAAUAAAAUGGCGAGAUUUAGAAAACGCUUUCCAAGAUCGUAUCAAAACUGGUUGCAUAGUGAACCUUGGUCACACUGAUAUGCGUGAAUUUUUAAAUGAUGCAAAAAAUGUUGUGCUUGAUAAAAUACACAAUAUUUUAAAUCAAGAAGGGAACAUUAAAGUGAGUAGUACACUGCUAAGUAAUUUUCAAAAUAUUAAAAGUGAUGGCACUGUUGAAGAAAGAAAAUCAUUUAAAACCAAAACUCAUGAAAUUCUAUUCGCAACGUCACUCAACGAUUGGUUUAAUGAUAAUGUCUACGAUAUACUGCUGAAAAAAGUAGAAGAAUUUUUUCACAAAGAUUCGGGGUGGAGUUUGAAGGAAACAAUUAAUUUAACCAUCAAUGUUUCAAGGUAUGCACCUCUGCAAGUCGGCGUUUCUACGUUCAUCGAACUGCCCAAGGAGAUUCGUGAUAAAAAAGCAGUGCUCAACAUUAAAAACUAUGAUGAGUAUUGCUUUCUGUGGUGCGUUAAUGCAGCGUUAUAUUCCGGUACAACUAAAAGUCCUGAGAGACCAUCUUCUUACCCACAUUUUAGUCAAAACUUAAAAUAUGAAGGUAUUAAAUUUCCUAUUCAACUAAAAGACAUUGCUAUUUUCGAAAAACUUAAUGAUUUAUCUAUUAAUGUUUACAGUUUAGAGUCAAAUUUUAUUAAAACUAAGAAAAACGAACUAUCAAGUGAUAUUGUACCAUUAUAUUUAAGUAAUAAUAAUGUUGAUUCAGAUACAGCAACAAUUCAUUUGCUAAUGUUGGAAGCAUCAAAUAUUAGUAAUGAAAUUGAUGAAAAUCCCAGCAAUUAUGUGCCGAUAUUUCAUUUUGCUUGGAUUAGAAAUUUAUCGCGUUUAUUUAAGAGUCAAUUAUCUAAAGCUCAUUGUAAAUUAAUUUUCUGUGAUCGUUGCAUUUGUCAUUUUAAGCUUAAAACUGCUUAUGACAAACAUCGACUUGAUUGUUCGGCGUAUAAUAAUGUUAGAAUGAGAUUACCAGAAAAUGAUGAUAAAAUUAUGCGAUUUAAAAAUUAUAAAUUUAAAGAAUCAGUGCCCUUUGUUGUUUAUGCUGAUAUUGAAUGUACACUUUUAUCUGAGCCGGAAGAAGUUCAAAAGCAUGUCCCGCACAGUGUAGCUUUUUAUAUUCAUUGUAGUUAUGACAAUUCAUUGUCUAAAUUUGAAAUAAAUCGUUCUACUGAUUGCAUUGAGUGGUUUGUACAGUAUUUGAAAAGUUUCGGUAAAAAAUUAGAUCGUAUAAUAAAAAAUGUUAAAAAAAUGGAACCACUUAGUGAUGCAGAAAAGAAUAAUUUCAGAACAUCAAGAAACUGUCAUAUAUGCGGUAAGCCUUUCAUAUCUCCCAAUGAAGAAAGAUGUUACGAUCAUUGUCAUUUUACAGGAAAAUAUCGAGGUCCGGCACACAUUUCAUGUAACUUAAAUUAUAAACAACCUCACACGAUCCCUGUAAUAUUUCAUAAUCUGUCUGGUUAUGAUUCACAUUUCAUAAUAAAAUCUUUAGUAUCGGCUUUCAGUGGUAAAAUCACAAUAAUACCGGAAAAUAAAGAAAAAUAUAUAGCUUUUACUAAAAGUAUCGAAAAUACAGAUGUUUCGUUAAGAUUUAUUGAUUCAUUCCGUUUCAUGGCUUCUAGUAUAGAAAAAUUAGCAUCAUAUCUUAGUGAUGAUGAUAAGAAAAUUACACAGCAUUAUUAUCCCGAUCUUGAGGAAUUUAAAUUAGUUACACGCAAAGGUGUAUUUCCAUAUGAGUAUGUGGACUCAAUCAAAAGAUUUGAUGAUAAGCAAUUACCUGAAAAAAUAUUAUUUUAUUCCAAACUUAAUGACGAGAGUGUGUCUGAUGAGGACUACAACCAUGCUCAACAAAUUUGGAAUAAAUUCAACGUUAAAACACUUGGUGAGUAUUCAGACUUAUACUUAAAAACAGAUGUUUUGCUAUUGGUUGAUAUAUUUGAAAAUUUUCGUAAAAGUUGCCAUCAAACAUAUGAGUUAGAUCCUUUACAUUAUUAUACUGCUCCGGGACUUGCUUUUGACGCUAUGCUGAAGCAUACAGGUGUUGAAUUAGAAUUAUUAGACGAUUCAGAAAUGAUACUGUUUAUAGAAAAAGGUAUUAGAGGUGGUGUGUCGCAGUGCACAAAUCGCUAUGCUCGAGCUAACAAUCGUUUUAUGGAGAACGAUUUUAAUCCAAAUUUAGAUGAAUCGUACUUGAUGUAUUUCGAUGUAAACAAUUUGUACGGGGCCGCAAUGUGCAUGUCUUUACCGCAAGGAUCAUUUGAAUGGGUAGAAAAUUUUGAAUAUACACAGGAGAACAUGGAAACUCUUUUUAAUUGUAGUGAAUCUGAAGGAUUUAUAUUGGAGGUGGAUUUAAAUUAUCCAAUAGAGCUACAUGAUCUGCAUAAAGACUUGCCAUUGUGCCCUGAACAUUUUGUACCUCCCAAGAGUAAACAGUCAAAAUUAGCCACAACUUUAUAUGCAAAAGAAAAAUAUAUAAUUCACUAUAAAAAUUUGCAGCAAUGCCUCACGCUAGGCAUGAAGCUUGUAAAAGUUCAUCGAGUGUUGAAAUUUAAACAAUCAGUAUGGUUAAAACCGUAUAUUGAUAAAAAUACUAAUUGUAGAAAAAAUGCAAAAAAUAAAUUCGAGACCAAUUUUUACAAGCUUAUGAAUAACGCGGUUUUUGGGAAGACAAUGGAAAAUGUUAGAAAGUAUAAAACUGUUAAAGUAGUUGAUUCAUGGACGGGUAAAAAUGGCGCUAAGACGUUAAUAUCAAAGCCUAAUUUCCAUAGUUUUGAUAUUUUAAAUGAAAAUAUUGUUAUCAUUGAAAUGAAAAAUUUAAAUGUAUACUUUAAUAAGCCAAUUUAUGUCGGUUUCAGUAUUCUCGAUUUAUCAAAGACUUUUAUGUAUGAUUUCCAUUAUAAUUAUAUAAAGAAUAACUUUAAAGAUGAUGAAUCGAAAUUAUUGUACACUGAUACUGAUAGUUUAAUUUAUGAGUUUAAGGUUCCAAAUAUUUAUGACAUUAUCAAACGUGAUAUCCAUAAAUUUGAUACCUCAGAUUAUCCACAGAAUAAUGUUUAGGGUAUUCCUUUAAAAAACAAAAAAGUUUUAGGUCUAAUAAAAGAUGAAAACAACGGGAAAAUAAUGGCAGAGUUUGUUGGCUUAAGAGCAAAGCUAUAUACAUUUAAAAUUUUUAAUGAUAAUCAAGCUAUAAAAAAAGCGAAAGGUGUUAAGGGCUCAACUUUAAGGACUAUCACGUUUGAUGAUUUCAAAAAAUGCCUCUUUGAACAUGUUGAGAUUAAAAAACCUCAAUUCUUAAUAAGAAGCCGUAAACAUGAAGUAAAAACUAUUAAACAAACUAAGUUAGCAUUAAGCUGGGAUGAUAAUAAAAGAAAAUUAAUUGAUGGUUCAUCCGACACCCUAACUUGGGGAUAUAAAGAAACCAUAACUAAUAGUAAUGAUUAUGAUGAUGAUGAUGAUGAUGAUGAAAAAAUGAUGACUGGUUAGACAAAAUUAUAGAAUAUGAAUUUAUAAUGAUAAGUAAAUCAAGGUUUAUAAAUAAAAGAAUAAAUAAAUAAAUAUGUUGUGAAUAUGUAAAUUUUCGUUCUAAUAUUUUAAAAUUGAUAUUGUAACCGUGCAGCAAGCGUAAGACGUGAGAGUGUGGCUCUCUCGCUUCAUUUAUUUUCUCUCUCUCUCUCUCUUUCUUCUUGCUCUGAGAGUCAAGUGCAGCAGUCUAGUCUCAGCGUUAGAAUUUGGGGGAUGAUUUCGCGCAGCAUAAGACCGCAAAUUAGUCCCUGCGCAUAAUUAGGUGGGGUCAACGCAGGUUGGUGGCCCAGAGAACUGACCCGAGACGGACACUUGAGUUCGGUUAGCGAAAACGCACCGACGCAAAAUUCUUUCUGCUCAAAUAAUUAUUUAUGAGAACUUUUCUUUUGAUAUAUUAAACUAAAUUUAUUUAACUUAUUAUAAGUAAUACGAAAACCUUCCGCUUGGUUCUUUCAUAAUUUAUUUGAACUGAGAUUUAACUUGUUAAUUGAGAUACGUGGCGUUGCUUUGAUACACAAAAUCUAAUAUUACACCUAAAGUUCAUUUAUCUGGUCAAAUAAAUAAAACCAAAGAGUAUAAAGUGAGUGGUGUGGUUUUUCUUCGUGUGCAACAACCUGCCGACGCUGAUCCCAGGAGCCCGAGGAACCUAUUGGACACCAACAUCACCAGGACAAAGCCGAGAAGAAUCGUCGACCAGUUUUGUCAGUAAACAGAUCAAGAUUCUGAUAAGUUCUGAACAAAUUAUAUAUAGAUCUACGGAUUAUAAUUCGUUUUCUCUCUCUUCAACGUAGCCCAAUAUUAAAAUCAUUUAACAAAAUUGUCGCAUUUCACGCUCUAUAUAUUUACGCGUUUCUUAAUGAAUAAAUUUCUUU